CCGGCAAAGAAAGGAUAUCUCUCCCUCAGUCCCUCUGUCUUUCUCGACUCUCUCCAUCCCAACGCCGACCUCUUCUCAACUCUCUCCCUCUUCUCUCUCGGCAGCGGUCUUCCCACGGCAGAGGCUGUACAGGCACCACGGCAGCAGCAGAGCCAGAGAAUUCUUCUGGUCUUCUUCUUUGUCUCCGGUUCUCCUUGAAGCCAGCUCCAGUCGAGAAUUUCGACAAGCUCCGAUUGUGGACUCCAACAGAUAUUGACUCUUGAGUAGUGAGUUUUAGGUUAUGAGUGUUUCAAGGCUAAAAUGGAAAAGACAAAAGUGGCUAAAUUCAUUUUGCAAGCUUUGCGUUGUUUUGACAGAGACAUAUUAAUUGAAGAAAUGACUGAGAUUAUGUUCUUCUCCUCCGAUCAGUCAUGGCUGUCCAUACCUGGCAAGCCCCUGAUCAAGUGGCCUCACGACAUCCUCACUCCGCCAGCCACACAACUAGCCCCGGUUCCUGACUUAGGCACUAAAGUUUCUCAGAAUGAGUUCCUCACGGUUUCUGAGCUCGUUACCAACCCUGACAUUUCCUCUGGUCCUUCCCUCCAUGAUGCCUUGGACAGGACAGGAAUCAAGCUUGAUUCAAGUUUGUUACAAACUGUGGUCGACCACUUUGAUUCUUCCCCCAAGUUAUUGUACUCGCUCUUUCUUUGGGCAGAGAAGCAAACCACAUUUCAAUCAUCUGCUGCGCUCUUUAACUCCAUGGUCAAUGUACUUGCGAAAUCUAGGGAGUUUGACUCAGCGUGGUCUAUGAUUCAGGAUCAAAUUGACAAAGAGGAUGAACCCGCUUUGGUUUCUGUGGAUACGUUUGUGAUCAUGAUCAGACGAUAUGGUCGUGCAGGUAUGCCCGAAUCUGCAGUUCGAACUUUUGAAUUUGCGAGUACUUUGACUACAGUUGUUAGUUUGGGUUCAGAAAUGAGUUUGUUUGAGAUUUUGUUGGAUUCUCUUUGCAAGGAAGGGCAUGUUAGAGAUGCUUCAACUUAUUUUGAUAGGAAAAAGAAGUCAGACUCAAAUUGGAUUCCGUCGAUUCGAGUUUACAACAUCCUGUUGAAUGGUUGGUUUCGAAUGAGGAAGCUCAAACACGCAGAGCGACUCUGGAUGGAGAUGAAAAAGGAGAGUGUGAAGCCUACUGUUGUGACAUACGGUACUCUUGUCGAAGGUUACUGUCGAAUGCGUCGGUCUGAAAGGGCAAUUGAACUAGUUAGUGAGAUGAAAGCAGAAGGAAUUAAGCCGAAUGCUAUUGUGUAUAACCCAAUAAUUGACGCGCUGGGGGAAGCCGGGAUGUUCAAGGAGGCAUUGGGCAUGAUGGAGCGCUUUUUUGUUCUGGAAUCAGGACCCACUAUCUCAACAUACAAUUCUUUGGUGAAGGGUUUUUGCAAGGUAGGAAAUCUUGUUGGGGCAAGUAAGAUUCUCAAGAUGAUGAUAAGUCGGGGAUUCGUCCCAACACCAACAACUUAUAACUAUUUCUUUAAGUACUUUUCAAAGUUGGGAAAAAUUGAGGAAGCAAUGAACUUGUAUACUAAGAUGAUUGAAUCUCGAUAUUCUCCUGAUCGACUCACAUACCAUCGGUUGUUAAAGAUGUUGUGUGAGGAUGGGAAACUUGAGUUGGCAGUUCAAGUUAUUGAAGAAAUGAGAUCCAGGGGAUGUGAUAUGGACUUAGCUACAAGCACAAUGUUAAUCCAUCUUUUUUGUGAUAUGCGAAAAUUCGAAAUGGCGAGUUUGGAAUUUGGAAAUAUGAUCAGAAGGGGCAUAGUUCCUCAGUAUCUUACUUUCCAAAGACUAAAUGAUGAACUAAAGAAACAAGGAAUGACUGAGAUGGCACGGAAAGUAUGUGGCCUGAUGUCUUCUGUUCCCCACUCUACGAAGUUGCCAGAUACUUAUAAAAAAGAUGGAAACGCAUCUCGUGCGCGGAGAUCCUCCAUUCUUCGAAAAGCUGAAGCAAUGUCGACUGUAUUGAAAACUUGCAAGGAUCCAAGAGAAUUAGUUAAAUAUCGAGGUUCGUCUAAAAAUGUUGUUGCAACAGCGAACCCGUUGAUAGAGAAUAUUAAGAAGAAAGUAUAGCAACUCGCUCUCUUCUCUACCGCCUUGGGGAGACGAAAAGGGAAAGGGUGCAAGAGUAACUGGACAAGUUUGAGAAUCAUUUCUUUGUAUAAUAAUAAUCAAGGAUGAAGCUCUCUCCUCGGGGUAACUGGUCCUUGUUCUUAGCACUUUUUUUUUUUUGGUUUAUUUAUUCCAUGUUUUUAACCUUAUAAUGUAGUGUUGCAGUUGCUCUCCUUUUUCCUUAAACUCCAACUACACUUCUAAAAACAGGGUAAACUAAAGGCCCUUUGAUUGCAGCA